AUGGAUGAACCCGCCCAAGCCAUCCACGGAAUUCUAAUCCACUCUGUUUCUCCCACGCAAGUCCAAAUCCUUGCAGAUACUCUCAUCAUCCUUUCUGCUUCUGGUAUCAUCACACAUAUAGAGCAGAAUAUUCCUACUUCGCAAGUGGCUGAUUUCCUCGCUGGGAAACGCAUCGAACAUGCUCGUCAAACUAUACUUCUCCCUGGCCAAUUCAUUAUCCCGGGCUUUGUCGAUACGCAUAAUCAUGCUCCUCAGUGGAUGCAAAGAGGUUUGGGCCAGGGAAUGCACAUUCUAGACUGGCUUGAUGGCAUCACUUUCCCCAAUGAAGCCAAAUUUGCGGAUGCAUCUCAUGCGGAAAAGGUGUAUGAGAAGCUCGUUCGAGGGAUGCUCAGACAGGGCGUUACGACGGCGUCUUACUAUGGCUCUUUGCACGGGGAAGCGACGAAUGUUUUGGCAUCAACGUGUCUUGGGAAAGGCCAAAGGGCUUUGAUCGGAAAAUGCAACAUGAAUCGCAACUCGCCAUUCUUCUACUGCGAAACCUCUGCUGAAGAGUCUAUUUCUGCGACGAAAUCAUGCAUUCAGCAUAUUCGAACCAUUGAUCCGAAGAGCACUCUCCUUAAGCCUGUCUUGACACCUCGCUUCGCGAUAUCGUGCACAGCAGAAUUGUUACAGUCUCUUGGCAACAUGGCCCGCGAUGACCCUUCCCUAGCGAUACAGACUCAUUUCAAUGAAGCACAGCAGGAAAUUGAUGCCACGUUGUCUCUCUUUCCGGAGUUUAACAACGAAGCUGACUUAUACUCUUCAUUUGGACUUCUUACACCGAACACUAUCCUCGCUCACUGUACCAUCAUGACAGAGUACGAGAUCCAAGAGCUUCAUGAUUUGAAGUGCGGCGUCGCGCAUUGUCCUACGGCAAACAUGACUGUAGGAGGAGGUUUCAUGGCUGCUCCUGUAAAAGAAUUUCUCAGACGGGGUAUCAACGUCGGCCUGGGAACAGAUUCGGGAGGCGGCUACAGCUCAAGCAUGUUGAAUGCGAUGAGACAUGCUCUCAUCACGUCGUAUGCGAGGGAUGCGCUGUAUCCAACAUUUGAACAAGCGAAAGAGAUAGGCAUCGGCGGUGGCAAAGGAGGGGGCAGAGAAGCUCUGAGCUUGGAAGAGAUUUUUUACAUGGCUACCCAAGGAGGCGCCAAAGUUGUCGGCCUUGAUCACAAGGUUGGCGAAUUCGCGCUUGGAAAGGAAUUUGAUGCUUUGGUGAUUGAUUUGCGGGAUGAGAGGAGCGGGGUGAAUGUGCCGUUGGAUGAAGAUGACUCGCCACUGAGGAUGCUGGAGAAAUUUAUCAUGACGGGAGACGAUAGGAACAUUGUGAACGUCUAUGUUAAGGGAAGGUUGGUUCACGGUGAGUGA